AAAUAUAUAUGUAUGUAUACGAAAUACGAAAUAUUCUUGAAAGUUUAUGAACCGAAAUUAGCAUGCAGCUUUUCUCUGAGUGUAUUCGCAGCACAAAUCGUCACGGCUUCAAAAGUACCGUUGCUUGUGGCCAUUUGCGAAACCUGUUUUUUCUCUUUAUAUUUGGGUGGAGGCUAUUUUGACAAUGUUUUGCACAUUCUUAGAACAUUUCGAAUGAUUGUUCAUAUGCAAAUUAGCCCCUCGCGACGACUCGAUCUGCGACUGACCCAAAUUGGAGGGCAAUAAAAUUGGUUGAGUGUGCGGAAAUCGGUUUAGUCGAUGAGAGAACGGCACGCCCAACGCCCAAAUUAUGCUGGCCAAAUCAUUUUUAUUGGUGCUCAUCAGCCUGGCAGCAUCUACGGCGCAAUUUAGCCAGGUGCCGCGCAAGCACUGGCGACGUGCAGCCGUCCACGGCGCCUUCAAUGUGGAUGCGUAUGCGUACAACAAGCCCAUGGUGAAUCUGGUGGGACAUUUGCCUCCACCCGGCCAGGCGCUGCCCAUGGGCCAGCUGUUGGAGCAGCUUGCGCAGAGCAGCCGACUGCGGGCCCUGCCGAAGGGGCAGUACAGGAAUCUCGACCGGGAGCCGUCGCGCCUUAAUGGAGAGCCGAGACAAUCGGCUGCUGAUUUUGGAGGCAGCCUGGAACCGUCGGCAUUGGCUGCCCUAAACAGUCAAUUGGCCAAGCUGCAAAUGAACUUAAGUUUGGAUCAAGCGAAUAUAUAUUCGCACGAAUUUCACGUGGAGAACAAAGGCAACAGGAAAAUUGUGCUAAUUAACACGCUGGACGAGGCCAAGACAGAGUCUGAGCAGCCGCUGAAGGAGGAGCCAGAGCAGGAGCAGCUACAACUGGGUCCAUUGAAUGUAAAAUUGGCAUUACCUGUGCUCGGGGAGGGUGAGGGUGUAACACAGAAGGUCGAUUCGAGCAAAAUUGUGAUGAACACUGAAGCAAUUAGCUCUAUGAAAGCUAUGCAAUCCGAAAUGGAGGAGUCUAAGAAGACCAAAGGGGCAAAUGACAGCAAAGAGCGAGCAAAUGAUGCGACAACAAUCGAAAUGGAAUCAACAGCAACAGCAACAACAGCUGUCGAGCCAGGACAGCAGCAGCAUUCGGAGACUGUUGUCAAUGCAAAGCAGGAGCAGGUGGAGCGACAGAAACAGAAGCUGGGAGAGCUACAGCAGAAGGUAAAGCAAGCCAAGGCAAAGGAGGAGAUGAAGACGCAUCAGGCGGGCGAGAUGCAGCAGCAGAAGGAAAAGCAACUGCAGCAGGCGCAUCAGUUGCAGAUGAAGUCAAAGAAGGGUCAGAGCGUUGAUGACGUUGCCAUUUCCAAGAAACGUGACAGGCACAAUGACAAUGAUGCCCAAGCAAAUGGCAUGAAUAUGCCGCCAAAGCCAAAGCCAGAGCCAGAGCCAGAGAUCAAGCCAACUGCAGUCGGAGCUGGAGCCGGAGCAGCAGAUAAGCCACUGGGCCUGGCCAGCAAACCGAAGUCCAAGCGCAGGCAAACACAAACAAAAACCAAGAUACCAAAUGGAAUUGAUACAAAGCCCAAUGCUUCAAGUGCUGCACAGUCCAACGCUCCAACGAGUACCAUUCGGCCAGCGUCAACUGAUGAAAAGCUGACGACUGCCACAGCAGAUGUCAAAGCCCCGGCCAUGGCAAUCAACAGCUACAGCCAGGCCACACGCAGGCCAAUCCUAAAAAAGGGUAACAAAAUUCCCAGCAAGGGCAAAGGGAAACGAAGGGGCGCUCAACGGCGACCCAGUGCAGCAGCUGCUGAUGAGCAGGAUAUCGAAACUACGACAAAUUGGUGGCAGAUACUACCAUAUGCGGAAAUUAGAAAAUUUUUGAAUACCAUCUAUGAUAGCAUGACCGACGAGGCGGACGACGAGCGUGCCCAGCAAAUAUGAGAGGCGGGGGCGUCUCCAUGUGUGUGUGGGCCAAAGCCAAUACCAAAAGCUAGCUUAUAGAGCUUGGCCAGGGUGUCGGGCGGGGUCUAGAUGGGGGGAUCGGUCUUGUCCAGCUUUGAAUUGAAUUUCCGCUUGGAGGUUCUUUUUGUGUUGAUUACGACAAGCCAGCGUGUAAGUUUUCGGACUUGGUAAUAAAAAAAAAAAAAUAUAAAUAAAAUAUAAUCGUAAAAGCGCAACAAUGAAAGCUAAAAACUUCUUAAGUUUCCCGUUCAAUUUAACAGUUUGUAUACACUUGUAUCCUUUUUACGAUUGGCUGCACAGUAAACAAUUUUUGAUUACAACUUGAAAAAAGAUUUGCAACCUUAAAGCUGCUUGAACAGUUUUAAUAGUUUUCAGUCUAGCCAGGCAAGGAAAUAAAAUAAUUUAUUUUUCUUUAAAAAACGAAGAAAAAUUCAAUUUUUAAAGCUUUAUAUACACUUGUAUCAGCUAAUGAAUAUUUAUUUACGCUUUUAUUAUUUAAUGCCCGAUUUUGUAGCGAGUUUCACUUGCGCUUUCUAAGCCAUUUCCUGCCACAGCUUAAAGUAUGCAAAUCUCUUUAAAUAAUAAAUAAG